CAACCUAUUCUUCAUUGCUCACACUAAAAUUUCAGUGUGACCAACAUGAAAAAGAGCAAGAUCCCAACAUGGGAUACCUCAUCUCGCCUCCUCCACAACCACAACCACAAGCAUUCCCAUAACCAAGUGUUCAUAAAUUUCCGCGGAAAGGAGCUACGCUGCAGCUUCGUGAGCCACCUUGUCGAAGCCUUUAAAAGACAUGGAAUCAUCUUCUUUAUAGAUAAAGACGAACAAAAAGGGAAAGACCGCAGGCAUCUCUUUGCGAGGAUCAAGCAGUCGAGGAUGGCUCUGACUAUAUUCUCAAAAAGGUACACAGAGUCCCGCUGGUGCCUGGACGAGCUAGCAAGGAUAAAGAAAAGAGCUGAUAAACGCAAACUACAAGUGGUUCCCAUUUUCUUCAAGGUGAAGGCGGAGUCUGUGAGAUACCAAAAGGCUGAAUUCGGUCGUAACUUCUGGAGGUUAGCUAAGACUUCAAGUGGUGAACAGAUAAAGAAAUGGAAGGAAGCUUUAGAGUCUGUUUCUGACAAGAUGGGCUUGUCAUUAGGCGACAACAGCUCCGAGGCGGAUUUUAUAGAGGAAAUUGUUAAAGAGGUUAAAAGAGUUUUAGCCGUCGAGAAAAUGGAAGACCAUUCCUUCAGUCUUCCCCACAGAAACAGAAAAGAUUUACCCAAGAGGAUCAAAUUCAGUUAAACGAUUGUAUAAUUAGUAGUUUUGCUUUUGUCCAUUUCAUUUAUGGUGUGUCAAGUACCUAGGAGACUAGGACUAGGAGUUUUGUGUUAAUAUUGGUUUACCACAUUUCAUUUCUGUAAAUUAUUGUAUAUAUUGUUAUUCUAAUAAAACAAUUUGUAUCCA